CAUUUACAGCUUAUGUAUGGCUCAAAUUCAAGAUGCAGCUCCUACAUUUCCUGGAGAGCAUGAAAACAUUUUUUGGGCGGCAUGCUGCUUUUGCAUCCCUGGCUGCCAUAGCCGGGACACUCCUCUACUGGAUCAGGGGUGCCACCUUGGAUACCAGCAUUGAGGAGCCCAGGCCAUCAAGUAAUCACAGCAGUCAGAUAUCUUCCUCAAAGCACUCCAGCACUGAUGUAGAAGUGUGUGGGUUGGAGAACUUGGGGCGCAAUUGGUGCUACUCAAAUGGCUUGCUGCAGGCCAUGGCCAGUUGUCCUGUGCUGUGUAGAUGGAUUGAACACCUCCUGAGGGUGUCUUCCUCAUCUGAGGGGCAAAUUAGCACCUCGUGGUGCUCAUCUCUUCCCCGCCACGGCACCGACGGCCUCUUCUUGUUGCCCGCACGUCCGUGCUACGGCGCCUUCAGGCACAAGAUGCCUCUUCUUGCUCAGCUCGACGUCGUCAUUAGAGGAGUGAACGAGGGCAACAGUGGCACGAAGUCCAUGAAAGGCGUGUAUGAAGCUCUUGAACAACACGGCUGGCAAAUAGCGCGCGGGGAGCAUGACUGCCACGAGAUGCUGGCAGCGCUGUUCACUACCGUGCAGGCCGAGCUAGAGGCUGUCGAAAAGAUCAUGGGUUACACACCACACGAACUCAAGCAACACGAGCAUACCUUGGCUGGAGAAGCUGCACACGACUCAGGCUGGAACUAUGCUUCUCUGUUGGAUGUAGCGUGGCUACCGCCUGUGUUCAAGCCAGUCAAGCAGCUGUCCAGGUCACUGAGUUGUUCAUCUGAAACAAUUUCUAGCAACCAUGAAAGUGAUUCAGCGAGAAUAAAAGCUAGCAAAGAUCGUCUUCGGGAUUUUUUCACGCGGCAGAGACCCUCAACACCACCUUUGCAGUCCAAACACGCACCGUUUGCAGGAUUUUUUGCUAAUCAGCUACAAUGCAUGGCAUGCGGCAUUAAGCACGCAGCAAACUGGGACCGUUUUGAGUGCAUCUCACUAGUGCUGCCGCAAAGCACGUCUCGGGCCGACGUCUCUUUAGUUUCAUUGCUGGAGAGCUACACCGCUCCUGACCUCGUCGAGGGCGUCAUCUGCGACAACUGCACCUCUGCCUCUGGCGUUCCCGCUAGGAGAAACUUCAUAAAACGCAUCACCAUUGGAAAAUUGCCGGAGGUGCUGGUCCUGCACAUCAACCGCACGAUGUGGACAGACCGUGACGGCGCAGCCUUCAAGAGACGUGACCGCGUGUGGUACCCCCUGCUGCUUGACAUGUCCUGCUUCACCUACACCAGCGCCACCUGUAGAGCCCCAGUGUCCACGGGGGUGCGCGGCCUCAGCAGCCUCGUGAGUUCGCGAUUCAGCGCACGUGGCUCCAGCGGGGCCCAGCUGCCGCUCACGCGCAAGACUGCUGCAGUCGCCUCCGCUGGUGGCGUUCAAACCUCCGUCGAAACGACCACUUCCUCUCCUCUGUCAUCCACAGCCGGGACCGGAGAACAUUCUACAGCUAACAACAAAUCGCUGGUCAAUCUCAAUAAAUCUACGCUACCUUCAAAGACUAAGGCCGGAAGAACUUCUAAAGAAUUUAAUUGUCCUCCUUUUGCUCCGCCUCUUCAGUGGUUCUCGUCAUCCGAGGCAUCAGGGAGCUCUGAUAGCUCGACUCAAUCCUCUUUCAUAUCCACAUUCCAUCCUUCGUUACGGUCCAGUUCCUCUACUGCUACCAACAACUCCGGAUGGUCUCAAAAAAUUAAUUUACUUCCUGCUUCUGACGUGUCUGAGUCAUCCAUUGAUAACGUGCAUGGGGUUUCCAACGGAGAAUUGCACAACGGAAUCUCUGUUGCCGACGAACACCUUUUGUCUUCAGGAGCUUCUACUCCUACACCUAAAGAUACACGCACCAAAAAUAUUGAUAGUGCCACUAGUUUUUUAUUAGAUGAUAACACUCCUUUGCACUGCAAUAAAGAUUUAUCUUCAGAUGAGGUCAUUCCGGGAAAUUCAGUCGAAGGCGAACACCGACUUAAUGUACAUUCUAAUGGGCUGCAGCAACUCAAUAACAAUGCUGAUCAGACAGAAGUUACUCCUGAAGUGAAAGCUGUCCUGGAAUCAAAGUUUCAACCUCUUGAUGUGUCAAUGUUGCCAGAAUCUGUUUCUCAAUUGUCGCGUGAUAAUUGUAACGCUUCAGAAACUUCAAAGCAAUGCUUGGAGUUUAAUGAAGAAACGAAGCUGAGUUCAGUUCAGGGUAAUCAACGGCAACAGAGUUUAGACAUCUCUGAACAUAAUCACCGCUCGUCGGACGCGGCUUCUACACACUGUGUCAACAGGUCAAAUGUUGCAUCGCUGGCCAGUGCUGCUGUGGACUCUCCAGUCGCGUGCUCUGCUCAAACUCGCUCGCGCAGAGAGCCAUCCUUCGGAUCUGAAGUAAGAGAGCCCAGCGUCCUUUAUGAGCUGCAAGCUGUCAUUGAACACAGCGGUUCUGCCUCGUCAGGACACUUCACCACCUACAGACGAGGCCCCAACUCAUCAAAUAACUGGUAUUUCGUCUCGGACGAGUAUGUAAGUCUGUGCUCUAGAGCCCAGGCCCUCAACGCCGAGCCUUACAUCCUCUUCUAUGAACGCCACCACAGCGAUGCCGCCCCACGCUCCAGCAUCGCUCCGACCUCGGCCAUCUUCACGUCACCUGCUUCUUCCGGAGUGAUUUCUCGGUCUCCUGGCGCUGCUGUACAAGAAGACAUUUCCAAUAUAUUGCCGGAAAUGAAGGCUUGAUUUGGAUUCUGUGUGGGAUCUUGAUCGUUCUGUGUGGGAGGUGAAUAAACAGUUCAAUGUUAACCUUAGUUUCAAGAGGAAAUUCUGUGAUAAUUUAAUUUUUGCUAGCGUCUCUAUAACUGCGGUAAGGAUGGUCCGUAUUAUCGUCCGUAUCGAGUGUAUGUAAGGCUGUGAUUAUAGUAAACUAACAACAUGCACUGUUAACUUGUUGAUACCAUUCGUCUAGUCGUGAAAGUUAACCUUAAAAUCAGAGAAAGCUUCAAAAUUGCAAAGUUUCAGAAGUUUCUUCUGCUCCUGCCAAAUAAUAUUUCUCAACCUUCUCCUUCAUUUUUUUGCGGGCUUCCUGAAGUUUUUAAGAGUAAAUAAAUUAUUAUGGAUUCAUUGCUAUUAUAACUAUUCUGAAUUUGGGUUGUCUUAUAACAUUCAUUGAUUUUAGAAUCAUGCGAGUAUGAUUAUUAAUCUUUAUUGAUUCUCGUUUUUGGGAGCUGUGGCUACUGCAGUCGAGCACUGAUAAUGCGAAGCGACCAGCAAACUGCAUUUUUGGCUUGUAUUUAAAGUAGCUUGUUUAGAGAAACUUUUGUUGUCUUAUUUUCCUUUUAUGUCGAAAUUGAACGCAUAAAAUAGUUUGUAUUUUUGUUGUCGGAUGUGCAGGCUAGUGAGGCACGUUGACAAAUUAUUCAUUAGCGUUUGUUUCAACUGUCAACAUUUAUGGUUGUAGAAUUGAUAGUUAUUUUUUAUCACCUGCGAUUAAACUGUACAUUUGA